UUAAUCACUCUUUUGUAUAAACUACUAAAGCACAUAACAAAAUUAAAAUAUGUCAACCAGAGGAGGAAUCUGUGAUGCUCGUUGCCAAGCAUUUCACACUGCAAUGAUACAAAAAGAAAAAAACACACGUAUUAGAUGGUUUUUGAAGAAUCAACACAAAUUAUUAGAUCAUUUGAGAAAAACGGAGGAAAUUAAACUUCCGUCGAAACAUGAACCAGAAAAACAGCCAGUCGUGGAUAUUAUACAUUUAAAACCCUUACCAAAUUGGAGAUCUUUCGAACCUGAUGGUUCUAUCAAUAUGAACAUAACGAAACCCAUUGAUCCGCAAGUAAGAACUAUUCUGUAUGAAGAUGCCCCGAGUUUUGUUAACGCUGAAAAUUAUAUUUCUGAAAGAGUAAAAGACAUUCCUGAAAAUCGCUAUUACUAUCCGGAUUGCACAAGUUGGAUAUACGGAUGGCGCUUAACAGAUUAUCUACCUAUUCCACGAAGUAAAGUUGGACAAACAAAUGUUAUGUUUCGUGAAUUUUAUCAUUCAAAAAUAUCGAGCCUUCACAGGGAUCCAGAAUGGUAUCGCUCUUCGAGAAGAAUAACAUUUAUAUGUGAUGAUAAAAUGAAUUAGUUUCCUACUAGACGGAAAUUUAGUCAGGUAACUUUUUACUUCAGUGUUCUGUGAAAAUUUUUUACCAAUUGUACUUUUCUAAAAAACAGCAAAAUUUUUGUACGAUUAACUAUGAUUCAUUAAUUGUUGCCUUUUUAUCUACUUCUAGUUUUCAUAAAUAAUAAACAAGUUUCUUUCGUUGAUAUCACGUAAAUAUUUUCCAUAUACAAAAUAUUAAUAUCCUAAAUUUUACAUUCUUUCUGUAUUGAAUAUUUCUUUAUGGUAUUUAUUUUUCUUUAUAUAUUUUUAUGUUCAUUUCAUCAAAUACUAAAUAUUACAGUCCAUACUUUAAGUUUGCAUUUUUUGUAUUUUUAAAGGAAACAAUACAUAUUUAAUCAACAAUAUUUACGCUUGACGAUACUUCUAUAAUAGAUUUUGUACAUCUCACACGCAGUUUUUUUCGUAAAUCGUACUUUUUGAGAUUCUUUCCUCUAAGCUAAACAGCUGUAUUUUUCUAUUGUUUAAAUAAGAUGAUAUAUAAAGUAAUAAAGAUUUUGUUAAAUUUGUUAAGA